AUGAACUCUCUUCUAGAAGAUAAUGACAUCAGUAACGAUGUCAAAUUGGACACGUUGAAUGAAGGGCUUCAUGAUGAGGCUAGUCCAUCUUUGUUGUCGGGAAACAUUACACUUCCGAAGGAUUGCUUUAGCUCAUACGUGGCCUAUUUGAUUUACGAAAUGGCACAUUUCAAGUUAACUGCGUUUGUCAUAGUUUUAUCUGCAAUUAUACUUUCAUUAAUCCUCCUACUUUGGGACUCCAUUGAAAGAAAACCUUUAAACAUUGUUCUUAUUGCAAACUUCAUCGUUUUUGAUACUUUUGGUAUCAUUGCUGCAGUGAUCAAAUUCGCUAUGCCUAUGACUGGUGACAAUUUUCAAACAAAGCUUUUACUGGAAGUAAUAGCUCGCAAACCAUCCGUUGAAGGGGUAGAAUGGAGAACCAUCGCAUACAAUGUGAAUGAAUAUUUGUUCAACAAGGGAUUAUGGAAUACUCCCUACUAUUUUUACUCUGAAGACAGUUGCUAUGGUACUUUUAAGCGCUUUAUGAAAGGAAAAAAUCCCAAUGCAAUUCCCAAAUAUUCAGCUAGCAAUUCUACGAACCCACAAUCGGGUACGACAAUAGGAAAUGGUUCAAAUGAUGCGACUACAUUUCACAGCUUUAGUUCCGACCCGAUUUUGGAAGGGUACUUUGUUAAGGCAGCCGAAAUUCAAAAAGAGGCUUUAAGGGAAUAUUGGGGAAAGCAGUAUCCAGAUACUGAUAUUCCUUAA